AUGCCGACCGGAUUGAAUUACGUUCCAACCCAAGCGUCUCUGACGGAGUUGGAGACCGAACUCAACGCCUCUCUAGGGCCGUCAUGGACCUCUCAGUUUGACGAAUCUACAACAAUGGCCGCUACAUCAGGGACGGGGACUCCCAUAGCCCCUCAGACACCCUCUCCAAAUGACGAUAUCACAGUGGGCCAGCGGAUGUUCUCUGCGACGGCGGGAAAUAUCUUGACCGGAUUACUAGUUACGCCUCUCGAUGUCGUCCGAGUCCGCCUCCAAUCGCAAUCCCAAAUACAAAACACAUCUCCCUACACCUCCCACACCACACAAACGUUGAAAAACCUUCCUCCAAACCUCGGCAUCACGUCUUGCUGUCGCGAAGUAUUCUGGGUCGGAAACGAUGCCCAGAUGUGCAUGUUGGGACCACAUGCGACUGCAGUAGGCAGUACACCCCACCCGGCGAUGGAUUGUGCGAUCGAGGAAACGCAGCGACGAACAUUCACAUCAACCUUAGAUGGGCUACGGAAGAUUGCACGCAAUGAAGGCACCUUAACACUAUGGCGAGGACUAAGCCCGACUCUGAUGAUGGGAAUUCCGGCGAAUGUCAUUUAUUUCGCUGGAUACGACUGGCUACGCACGGAUGAUCGCAGUCCGAUCAAGCAACGACUUGGAGAAAGCGGCGCGCCAUUAGUGGCAGGCUCUAUCGCCCGAGUCGCGGCAGCGGCAGCGACCAGUCCAUUGGAAAUGUUCCGCACAAGACUUCAAGCAACCCCGGGUACGGGUGCGAACCAUUUCAAGACCACGAUCCAGGAUCUGUACCACAUGACGCAAGCCAAGGGAUACAGCUCUCUCUGGCGCGGGUUCACGCUUACAAUGUGGCGCGAUGUACCCUUCUCGGGCUUGUAUUGGUGGGGAUACGAGGAAGUGAAGAAGACUGUGAUCUCGGCGCGCUAUCCACAUCUCACCGAAUCCGACGAGAAACCACAAGAAACCACAACUCAAGCAUUUCUCGAUAGCUUUAUCUCUGGAGCUGUUUCGGGGUCCCUGGCAGCACUCGUAACCACCCCCUUUGAUGUCGGAAAGACGCGACAGCAAGUCUUCCGACACAUGGAUGACGGGGCUCCCACUGGCCCCCCGCGACCAGCGCUUCCCCCGGGCAAACUGGCGCCCGAGCAGCUUUCCCUUCCGAAAUUCCUCAUGCACAUUUUCCACGAAGAAGGCACCGCCGGUCUGUUCCGUGGCUGGACAGCCCGAUGCCUGAAAGUUGCCCCGGCCUGCGCCAUCAUGAUAUCAACAUAUGAACUUGGUAAGCGCAUGGCUCGGGAGGUCAACGAACGGCGACACUCGGACGCAUAA